UUGUGCUUUAGUCUCACAGGAUUUCCUUUCCACGGCGAUGUUCCUGUAAGUAACAAAAACAGGAGUCUCGGUGUGUGUGCGCUCAAUACUAGCAGGAAUUUUUCAGUGCAUGUUAUUAAACCCGUGUUUGCAGCAUGUUUCUGUUUCAGCAGAGGCUCAGCUUCUUUUCAGGUUUGCUCUUACUGGCAGUUGCAACAUGCCAUGGUAAACUGGUGUGUAAAGAAGGCAAAAGUGGUCCGACUCACGAAUCCAUGCAGGCCGUGUUUGACAUGCAGCCCUUCAGGCCAGCUGUAAAUCUCAGUAAUCCCACCGUCGCCAACAUCUCCUUCACCCUGUACGCCGUCCUCGGAGUGAACGAAAAAGCUCAGUUACUCACUACAUUUCUCUGGCUCAGACUGUUCUGGCACAACGAGUAUUUAGUUUGGGAGCCUGAGGAGUGUGACGGUGUCGCCAGGAUUUCUCUCCCUGUUAAAGAGCUGUGGUCUCCAGACAUCAUCGUUUAUGAGUUUGUGGAUGAUGAUGUUUCCCAGGCAUGUCCUUACGUCUACGUGAACCACACAGGACACAUUCGCUGGGACAGGAUGCUGCGGCUUGUCUCGGCCUGCAACCUGGAGAUCUUCAGCUUUCCUUUUGAUGUGCAGAACUGCACUUUCACGUUUGGCUCCUACAUGCAUACAAUACGUGACGUGAGAGUCAGUCCAGCUCUGACUUUUAGCGAGAUGUCAGAAAACUCAAAGCAAUACCUGGAAGCCAGUGGAGAGUGGGAGCUGGUGGACAUACUGGGCGAGACGUCCAUCCUGCAGUUUGGGGUCGACGAGUGGGACAUCAUCACCUUUUGGGUGGUCAUAAGGCGGCGCCCGGUGCUCUACGUGGUCAACCUGCUGAUCCCGAGUUCCUUCCUCAUGCUCAUUGACAUUCUGUCCUUCUACCUGCCGCCCCACAGUGUGGACCGGGCCUCCUUCAAAAUGACCCUGAUCCUGGGUUACACCGUUUUCCUGCUCAUUAUGAACGACCUGCUGCCCAGCACAGCUAAUGGAACGCCCCUUAUAGGUAUCUAUUUCUCGGUGUGCCUGGCUCUCAUGGUCAUCAGUCUCCUGGAGACAGUCAUCAUCACCAACGUCCUCCAUCACAGCUCCAUGAAGUACCAGGAGGUUCCAAACUGGGUUAGAGUCGUUGUCUUCAAAUAUAUCGCAACCAUGAUCUGCUACCGGUGGCCCGAAGGCGUCUCUCCCACAAUUAAAACACGGGAGGAUAAACCUGAGAGUUCAAACGGCAGCGCAGGCGCGUCGGUCAUCCAGCCAGUCAGUCAAGCAGCCGACAGGCACCGAACCUACAGUGGAGACACAGUUUCUCUGCCUGAGCUGCAGCUGAUCUGUCAGUACCUGAAGGACCUCCGCGCACAUCUUCUGUCGGUGCAGAAGGAGAGCGAGCUGCUGGACCAGUGGUGUCACGUAGGAUACGUCCUCGACUUCCUACUCUUCCGCAUCUACCUGCUUCUGAUCAGCUGCUACGCCAUGGUCAUUAUCACCAUGUGGUGCAUCUGGAUCAGUCAGACCUCUAAGGAACCUGGUGUGAAAAUUAUGAAGAUUUCAAAUAUCAAACCCUUUGCACUAAUCCUCAUCUUUUUCACUCUGUUUCACGGUUGUGUAGCAGCUUUAAACUGCACCAGUCCGUCUCCCGAGUCCCUGUUUAAGGAGCUUAAUAACCAGUUAUUCCAUCAGAACCUCAUCCCUCCUGUCGCAAGCUUCUCAGAGCCGCUCAACAUAACAAUCGGCAUCACUGUGGUUGGGAUUUUAGGAGUGGAUGAAAAAGCCCAAACGCUGACAACUUUUUUAUGGCAAGUUCUGGAGUGGAAAAUAGCAGGACUCAGCUGGGAUGAGCAGGAAUGUGGAACUGAAAGAGUCUCUGUACCUCGGGAGAAGCUUUGGGUUCCAGAUGUUCACAUCUCAGAGUUUAUGGAUGAGAACAAAUCUCCUCAAACUCCUUACGUUUACUUAAACAACACCGGUCAUGUUUUUGAUGAUAAACCCAUUAGAGUGGUCAGCUCCUGCAAGCUGGAAAUCUACAACUUUCCCUUUGAUAUCCAAUCUUGCUCGCUGACGUUUGGGUCAUAUCUACACUUUGCUUCGGAAAUACAGAUGGUUCCUGGCGUGACAGGAGAAGAGGUUCUGAAAGAGUCCAAACGUGUGCUGGAGACGAACGGAGAGUGGGAACUCUCCGACAUACAAGUGGUUCCAUCCGACCUGGAGCUAAAUGAAGGAAGCUACUCUGAGGUCCAGUUUCAGCUGAUCCUGCGCCGCAGACCAACCCUUUAUGUGGUGAACCUGCUGGUCCCCAGUUGCUUUCUCGUCGCUGUGGAUCUCAUCAGCUUCCUGCUGCCUCCUCAGAGCGUGGACAGGUCCUCGUUCAAGAUGACCCUCAUCCUCGGCUACACUGUCUUCCUGCUCAUCAUGAACGACUUGCUGCCGGUCACAGGAGACAGGACACCCCUGAUCAACGUGUUCUUCUCCAUCAGCCUGGCUCUGAUGGUGGCCAGCCUCCUGGAGACGGUCUUCAUCACCAACAUCCAGUUCAGCUCCAGCCAGUACAGUGCCGUGCCUCACUGGCUGAGCGUACUGGUGCUGCGCUAUCUCGCCGUUGUUGUUUGUAUGUCUCCAAAGAAGAGCAACAGAGUUACUGUCUGCCUCAACCCGUCUUACAAAGACUCAACAGCAAAAACAAACUCCGUCACCAUCUCAGGAAACCAGAGCAUCUUAAAGGAACCGCAUCCAGUGAAGAAGGCCUCCAGCCCUCCUGCUGCUCCCCCAGAGCCGGCUCUGGAGGAGCUGAAGAAGCUGACCAGAGACCUCACAGCCAUCCGUCUCCAGGUGGACAAACACUUCCAGGGGUCCAAAACCGCAGAAGAAUGGCAAAUGAUUGGGAUAGUAAUCGACCGUCUGCUGUUCUACUUGUACAUAGUCUUCAUUAUUGCAAGCUUCAUCACCAUUACGGGUAUCUGGAUCUGGAAUAAUACAUAUGCAAAUCAGAGCUAACAUUGCAGAGCUGCUCCAACAUGCUGCCACAGUGUUGAUCCAGUUCAUGCUUUGUAUAUUAGCAAAAAAGCAAAACACAGACAAGCACUCUGGAGUCAUCUGGUUUCAUUCUAAAGGACAGAAGAGACAUCUAGUGGCCACCUUCUUAUCUCUAACUUGUUUAUGGUUAUAAACAUGCUAUAAAAACCUGUAACAUGAGCACAUUUUGUAUAAUUCAGAUGACUUCUGUCAACACACGAGACUGUUCUAAUGUAAAACUGGAUUUUUUUUUAAAUGGUCAUGUUAUGUUUGAAUUAGGAGUUUGUAAAAAUGUAUGUUAAAACGUAUAAAUUAAUUUGAUUCCACAAUGUUUGUAAUCAAUAAAAGUAUAUUUCAAAGUCACACUGCCACCACUAGAUGGCACCACCGUCUACAAAACGUGCUGAUUGUUAAUCAUGACAAAAUGUAAAGGAUGACCCUCCAUCACACUGAUAAAGCAGCUCUGGGUUAAAUGGAGCUUAAAAAAAAACAGGUAUGUUGCCAUGGAGAGCUGGGAAGUCAUAAGAAUAAAAUUCUAGUCAAUUUUAAUGCUAAAAUGAUUUUUAAAGUGCUUCAGUCAGAAAAAGCUGAGCAGUCUGACAUAUUAAAAGUUAAUAGCCACUAUUUAUUUUCUAACAUUUAACUCAGUCUUGCAUUUUUGAACUUUACACAUUUUAUAUGCAGAAAAUAAAAUCUAAGAUAUUGGUUAAAGCUCUAAAAUCUGAAGGAGCUUAACCGUAAUACAAACCAUUAACUAAACAUAACCUGAAAACAUUUUAAACUUCAAAGAACACCGAGCGACACCAGAGUUUUAACAGUCUUGCCAGUCAUUUAUUGUGAACAUCAUUACAUACUCAAAGCAAAUCAAGAAUAAGAACAACAAUUAACAUUUUUAAUAAAAGUUUUUAACUCUGUAGUGCACUUUAAGCCUCUUCGCUCCUCCUUAACAAAGGCAGGUCCAAGUCAAAGCUGAUCAGAGGAGCUGGGCGGAUGCUUUGUUCAAAAGCUUUAAACUGAGAAGUCUCUUUUGUAAAAAAAAGAAGAAAAAUCAAGUGCAUAAACAAUGAAUGGAUCCAUUUUGAAGAGAUUAGCCGUUAGAAAUUAGAGGUACAAAUUAUCCAGUUAAGACUAUUUUUGCUGAUCUAAUUUAUGACAAAUAGAACCAUUUGUUAGCAAUUUGAAACCUCAAGAAUAAAUAUAAUAUACAUUUCUGCUCAUUUAUACUGGUCCACAAAUGAAAAAUAUGAAAAUCCAAUCGUUAACAUAAGUGCAAAACACUUUUCUAAAAAGUCUAAAAUGCAAUUUUUCACCUGAUCUCAUUUCUUUAGACAACACAUGAAGUUACCUGGAGA